CUCCGCCUCCGCCUCCUCCGGCCCCGCCUCCCCGGCCCCGUGCUGCCUGUCGCCUGCCCGCCGGUCUCCGCCGGGCCAUCCGUCCGUCCUGCGAGCCUCCCGGCCUUCCUCCGCCCCGCUUGCCGAACCCCCGGGCCGCGCUUCCUCCCUCGGCUCGGUCCGCUUCCACGGACCCCGCCCCGCCUCCCGGGCCGGCUGCCCCCGCUACUCGAGACCGGGGAUUGGCCGCGCGCGUAGGCCGCAGCGCCGCGGGUGAAAGCGGAAUAAAGGGGUUGGCGGAGCGCAGCCGCUCGCCGCUCGCCCCGCGUCGGGCCCCACGGGUGGUCGAGGGCAGCCCUGCAUCAUCUGGGAAGGCAGAGCUUCUCUGGAGCCUCGCCUGGACCCUGCCGUGAGUGCCCUGCCCGGGGCUGUGCCAUCUGUUCCGUGCAGUGUGUCUUGGCUCCCAACGAGGGCAGUAGUUCAUCUUCUGCGCCUUGGGUCAGGUCCUCUCCUUGUCCCUCCCUCACCCUGGGCAGCUUCUCUCUCUGGGUCAGGUCACUUGAAACGGGAAACUGAAGCCGUUACUCUCCAAACCCUGCUUCAUCUUCCCCAGCAUGUCGGAAAGCUGGCAGCAGCCCCCACAGACGCAACCCCAGCAGCCGCAGCCCCCACAACCUCAGCACCAUGCUGAGCCACCGCCAGCCCUGGCGGAGCACGCGCUGCCCCACGGUUCGGCCGAGAACCCACUGGGCUGUGCGGUCUACGGCAUCCUCCUGCAGCCCGAUGGGAGCCUCCAGCACCCCCAGCACCCACCUCUGCAGGCGGCUGGGGAGCCGGGCUCCAAAUGCGGGGUUUGUGGGCACGACCUGGCGCAUAUGUCCAGCCCCCAUGAGCACCAGUGCCUGGCGGGCCAUGACCGCUCGUUCCAGUGCACGCAGUGUCUCAAGAUCUUCCACCAGGCCACAGACCUGCUGGAGCACCAGUGCGUGCAGGCCGAGCAGAAACCAUUCGUCUGCGGCGUGUGCAAGAUGGGCUUCUCGCUGCUCACCUCUCUGGCGCAGCACCACAGCGCUCACACCGGUGCCAGCGGCCUGGUGAAGUGCUCCAUCUGCGAGAAGACCUACAAGCCCCCCGCCGAGGCUGCCAACCCUGCCCCGGCCGCCCCGCCGGUGCUGCCUGCCACAGCUGCCCCAAGGCCUGCCGUGGCCCACGCCGAGCAGGUGGACAAGCCCUACAGCUGCCCCAUCUGCCAGAAGCCCUUCAAGCACCUGUCGGAGCUGUCGCGGCACGAGCGGAUCCACACGGGCGAGAAGCCCUACAAGUGCACCUUGUGCGACAAGAGCUUCAGCCAGUCGUCGCACCUGGUGCACCACAAGCGCACGCACAGCUCGGAGCGGCCCUACAAGUGUGCCGUGUGCGAGAAGACCUUCAAGCACCGCUCACAUCUGGUGCGCCACAUGUACGCGCACUCGGGCGAGCACCACCUGUUCCGCUGCAAUGUGUGCGAGCUGCACUUCAAGGAGUCGUCGGAGCUGCUGCAGCACCCAUGCACGCCCAGCGGCGAGCGGCCCUUCCGCUGCGGCGAGUGCCAGAAAGCCUUCAAGCGGCCCUCGGACCUGCGGCAGCACGAACGCACGCACAGCGCCGAGAGGCCCUUCAAGUGCGACCUGUGCCCCAUGGGCUUCAAGCAGCAGUAUGCGCUCAUGAGGCACCGCCGCACGCACAAGACCGAGGAGCCCUUCAAGUGCGGCCUGUGCGAAAAGGGCUUUGGGCAGCCCAGCCACCUGCUCUACCACCAGCAUGUGCACAGCCUCGAGACCCUCUUCAAGUGCCCCGUGUGCCAGAAGGGCUUUGACCAGUCGGCCGAGUUGCUGCGCCACAAGUGCCUGCCGGGGACCACGGAGCGGCCCUUCAAGUGCCCCGUGUGCAGCAAGGCCUACAAGCGGGCGGCAGCGCUGCAGAAGCACCAGCUGGCCCACUGCUCGCCCGCCGAGAAGCCCCUGCGCUGCACCCUGUGCGAGCGCCGCUUCUUCUCCUCCUCUGAGUUUGUGCAGCACCGCUGUGACCCAGCGCGCGAGAAGCCGCUCAAGUGCCCCGACUGCGAGAAGCGCUUCAAGUAUGCCUCGGACCUGCAGCGGCAUCGGCGCGUCCACACGGGUGAGAAGCCCUACAAGUGUCCCAACUGUGACAAGGCUUUCAAGCAGCGCGAGCACCUCAACAAGCACCAGGGCGUGCAUGCCCGGGAACAGCAGUUCAAGUGUGUGUGGUGUGGCGAGCGUUUUCUGGACCUGGCCCUGCUGCAAGAGCACAGUGCACAGCACAGUGCAGAGGCUGCUGCCGCUGCCGAGGGUGCCUACCAGGUGGCCGCCUGCCUGCCCUGAGCAAUCCUGCUCUGCGGGCCCCUACUAAACCCUGCCCAG